ACCGUGGAUCCAUCUGUCGAUCAUAAGCAUGGUGGCGCAUUGAGAGGACAUGUGCAGGCCCUGACGACGGGAUGGAGGCGCCCAGUGCGCUGUUCCAGCCCUUCAGGGCGCUGGGCUAUAUCACAGACGAUGUACCAUUCGCUGUGCAGCGCCGCGGCUCGCAGACCUUCGUCACUGUGAGCGUGGGCAAGGCAUGGCAGAUUUACAACACGGAAAAACUGCGGCUGGCGCUGGUCGGGCCCCAGCUGAAGCACAAGAUCUCGGCGCUGGCCUGCAAGGGCGACCUGACUUUUGCGGCGGUGCGGGGCACGAUUGUGGAGUGCCGCCGCGUGCACCGCUCGGGCGAGUACCGAGGCCACGCCGCCGACAUCCUGCAGCUGCUGGUGCUGGGCGACCGCCUGCUGAGCCUGGGGCGCGACGGCAGGCUGCUGGUGUGGCGCAUCGGGCAGUAUGCCGCGCCAGAGGUCGCCAUCCAGCUGGCCAGCGGCUUCACCCCCACCUGCCUGGCCCACCCCGACACAUACCUGAACAAGGUGGUGGUGGGGGGCGAGGAGGGGCGGCUGCAGCUCUGGAACUUUGCUACCGCCACCAUGCUGUACGAGUUUGAGGGGUGGGGCAGCGCCGUGGCCUGCCUGGCCCCCUCCCCAGCCCUGGACGUGGUGGGGGUGGGCCUGGCCGACGGGCGGGCCAUACUGCACAACCUGCGGUACGACGAGACGCUCAUGACGCUGCACAACGCCUCGGGCGCGGGCACCAACGCCGACCUCUACCUCACAGGCUCGCAGGCGCAGGCGGCGCGGCAGGCGGCCGGCGGCGCCUGCACCAACAUCGCCUUCCGCACGGGCGCGGGCGUGCCGCUGAUGGCGGCGGGGGGCGGCGCGGGCGUGGUCACGGUGUGGGACCUGGAGCAGCGGCGGCUGCACACGCUGGUGCGCGACGCGCACGACGCCCCGCUGCUCUCCCUCCACUUUUUCCCUGGCGAGCCGCUGCUGAUGAGCUCCGCGAGGGACAACAGCCUGAAGCAGUGGGUGUUUGACGGCGCAGACGGCGCAGCGCGCCUGCUCAAGUUUCGGUCGGGCCACGCCGCGCCGCCGGCCGUCGUGCGCUACUACGGCGCCGGCAGGCUGCUGCUGUCGGCAGGUGGGCUGGCCCCGGCGCGCGCCUGGGCGCACUCGCGAGGCCGGCUGGCUGGCCGGGCGGCGGCGAGUCGGGAGCUGAAGCUGGGAGCCGUCACUGCGCUGGAUGCGUGCGACGUGCGGGAGCGCGACUGGUCCAACGUGAUCACCGCCCACGCCGACGACACGCGCGCCUACGUCUGGCGCCUGCAGCGAUACACGCUGGGAGAGUGGGUGCUCUUCCCGCCGCCCAAGCAGCUGGCGGGGGCGCCGCAGGCGCUGGCCACCGCGGUGUGCCUCAGCCGGUGCGGCAACUUUGGGUUUGUGGGCGGCGAGUCGGGGCGCGUGGACCGAUACAACAUGCAGAGCGGCAUGCACCGCGGCAGCUACUGCCGGGACCCAAAGGCGAUGGAGCGGGCGAUCCGCAAGUCGGGGCCGGGGGUGCCCGCGCCGCAGGAGCUGCUGUGCAGCCCCGGGGUGACGGCGCACGACGGCGCCGUGCGCGGCGUCUGCGCCGAUGCCUGCAACCGGCUGGUGGCCAGCGCGGGUCAGGAUGGCUUCAUCCGCAUCUGGGACUUUAGGAAGCGGGGCCUCAAGGCUGAGAUCAAGGUGGGGGUGCCCAUCGCGCGCGUGUGCCACCACGCCGGCACGGGCCUGCUGGCGGCGGCGUGCGAGGACCACGUGAUUCGCAUGUAUGAUAUGGAGGCCGCCCGCCUCGUGCGCCAGUUCCGGGGCCACACCGCGGCGGUCAGCGACAUGCAGGUGUCCCACGACUGCCGCUGGCUGCUCUCCGCCUCCCUGGACGGAACCGUGCGCUGCUGGGACAUCCCAGGAUCGCGCGUGCUGCAGGUCAUGCGCCUGGGCUCUCCCGUCACCAGCCUCAGCCUGGGCCCCGCCCAGGACCUGCUGGCCACCUGCCACGUGGGCAAGCGCGGCAUCUACCUCUGGGCCAACCAGAUGCUGUUUGGCAGCGGCGCCGACAUCAUCCCUUCGGAGGAGCCCGUGCGCGUGCGCCUGCCCAGCCUCGCCAGCGGCGGCGCCGGCGCCGGCGAGGCGGGUGCCGACGCGCAGCCGGCGGCCGCCGUCAGCGAGAUGGAUGCCAUGCUGCGGCAGACGCGCGGUGCGGCGGCAGCAGGCGUACCUCAGCUUGUCACGCUGAGCAUGCUGCCGCGCACGCAGUGGCAGAGCCUGGUGCACCUGGACAUAAUCAAGGCCCGCAACAAACCCAUCGAGCCCCCCAAGAAGCCGGCGGCGGCUCCUUUCUUCCUGCCCACCCUGGCGGGCGCGGACGCGGGGCGCAACCCGCCCGGCGGCGGCGGCGGCGGCGGCGGCGGCGGCGGCGGCAGGCAUCGCCGUCGGCCCGGCGGCCGCGUGCUGCGCACCCGCGCCCAGGCCGAGCACAGCCAGCUCGUGCGCCUGUUGCACAGCUGCGGGCGGGCGGGCGACUGGACGUCGCUCGUGGCCCACCUGCGGGGGCUGCCUCCCGUGGCGCUGGAUGCCGAGAUCCGGGGCAUGCAGGUGCUGGAGGGGGCGCCCCAGGAGGAGGUGGAUGACCUGGCGCUGCUGCUGCGCUUCCUGGAGGACGAGGUGGCAGCCAACCGCAACUUUGAGUUUGCGCUCCUGCGGGUGGCGCUGCAGGUGCACGGCGACACGGUGAUGCAGCACGAGGAGCUGCGGGAGGCGGCGCAGCGCACGCAGCAGCGGCUGGCCGCCACCUGGCGCCGCCUGGACGGCCUGCUGCAGAGCUGCCGCUGCAUGGUGGGCCUGCUGGGAAACAUCCAGGCCUGA